AUGAAGUUCUCCGUCGCGGCGCCGCUCGUCGCCCUGCUCACGGCGUUCAUCCUGGCUCUUCUCGCGUUGCUUGCUGGAAUCCAGCCUCAUUUCAUGCCAGACGCGUAUAUAGUCCGGAUUAUUGAGAAGCCUGAUGAUCCGGGCUCCAACAAUACAGACCUUGCAGGCACCGACAAAGAAAACUUGUCUACCUCGACAACGGCCCAACAUGGAAACUCUUCGAUCCCAGACAUAGGAAACACAAAUUCCAGCUCUUCCUCUCACGGCUCAGACUCUAUUACGGGGACGAGCUCUAGCCCGCGGCCAGCUUCACCAACACACAGUCAUGCCGCGAUGGAAACGACUUCGGAGAAUGAGCACGGGUGCAUAUUCGGGCCGCACGGUGAAUGCCAAAUCGCAUAUGAGAAACAGGUGGACAAAGCCCAGGGUAUUUUUCCCACCAUGAAGCUUGUGCACUUCGAAAGCUACGACGAUCACGUCCUGAUUCAUGCCCGCUCUGACCCUGGGAAUCACACCUCCAACACGACUGCAACGAACUCUCCAUUCGAAGCUUGGAGUAUGCACUUCUUGACCAACUGCGCAUGGGAGGGCAAGGAAAAAGUCGGCAACUGCUCAAAGCCGUGGGAUUUUGAGAGUUACCUGCUGCAGGGUGAGGCAGACAAAGAUGAUUCUCUGGAAGACGAUUCUGCGGAAGACGGUGCUCCGCAAGAAGGUCAUCCCCCUCGGUCACCGUCUUUUCUCUUGACGAGAAAUGCCGUCAAUGCCAGUGAAUCAGAAUCUGAGGAUGACGAGUUCGACAAAAUGUGGAAUAAGUUGAUAAAAAACAGGGCCGGGUUUUCAAAGGUUCACGUAACAGGUUGUGUCCUCGUCGGCCUCUCGUUUCUCUGUACUGCCAUCAGCUUCUUCAUCCUUCCCGCGCUCGGGAAGUGGAUCAGUGUUGGGAAUCUGGUUCUUGCCACACUUGCAACGAUCUUCCUGCUCACCAGCAGCAUAUUCACGGCCGUGCUAGCAAAUAAGGUACGACACAGACACAAGGAAUCGGAGUUUUCCGGAGGCUACGAUGUUGAGUCGAGUGACAAGUUCGAGGCUUUGGUCUAG